AUGACAUUGAUGGCACCCUCUGGGGACGUGGUGUGCUUUGCGCCGAACAUCCCGAACAUGAUCCAAUACCCAAUGGUGUACGUGCAGACUGGCAUGACAGGCGGAUCAAUUAUUUUCAGUCAGGUUGUGGUAUGCUCCAGCCUGAUAGGUCCUAUGGUGUCGUGGGCUCCAUCAUGUGAUGGCAAUGCUGCCGCGAAUGCAACCGUUGCCACAAGUGCAAACACGAACAUGAGUGGCAUGGUGGACACGGCAACCGCAUGGUGGCCACAUCAAGCAAUGCAAAAUGGGCAGAACUUGCAGGUGCAACAAAUGCAGACGCAAGGUCAGCAGGCAACUUUACAGCCCCAGCCACAGCCACAAGUUCAGCAGGCGAUGCUGCAGCAAGUCAUGGCACAGGCUCAGGAGCCUGGUGUCAAAACAGCUUCUGAUCAUGCCAAGCUCUUCCAGACGCUCCGGUCACAUUUGGAGGUAGGCGACAACGAGGUGCGUCUUGAUGCCAUUCACCAGAUUCAGGGGAAUGUGGUGGCUUUGGCAAUGGAGUCUGAGAGCUCCAGUCGUGCCGUGCAGAUGGCAUUGAAGGUGGCAACUCGCCAAACCGCCACGGAGCUGUCAGCAGAGUUGACGGGACACAUUGCAGAGGUUUCACUCUCCUUGCAUGGCAAUCACGUGCUCCAGCGUGUCAUCGAGGUGUUGCCGUCCUCGAAGACUAGCUUCAUUGCAGAAGAACUCAUGACGAGGGCCGCAGAGGUUGCUCGCAACGUCUUCGGCUGCAGAAUCUUCUGCCGACUGCUCGAACAGUCGGCCAAUCUCACUUCUACGCAGAAGCUCCUUGCGAAGGUGAUGAGAGACUCAGAGGACCUGGUGCAAAACCAGUUUGGAAGGUAUGUGGCACAUGCUCGCUGGAGCUCUCUGCACCGAGCUUGUCCACCCUCGGGUUUUGUGGCCUUUCUGGAGACCUCUGGCAGCUCAGGAAAUGCCAGCCACGUGAUCGAGAAGGCCCUUACCUAUUGCUCAGUGGAUGACAGGCGUGCUUUGGCUGUUCAGUUGCUGCAGCAGGACCCGCGGCAUCAGGACACUGGAGUUGAGACUUUGGCGCGCACGCAGUACGGUGGCUUUGUAGUCAAGGCGCUUCUCAACCUCGGGGGUGACGUUGAAGCUGAGGCUCGCCGACAGCUGUUAGGCCUCAGCGGCCGCUUUCCCGAGCUCAAGGGCGCGUCCAAGGAGACGCGGUUUGCCGAGAGGCUCCUGAAGGAGUUGGGCUACUUGCCCGAAGAGGAGGACGCAGAUGGCUCGUUCGGGAAGGAUGGUCAAUCCGCCCGGGCGGGUCGGAUUCAGAGGAAGCCACCGAGGAGAACUGGUCUGGAUCGCUAA